AUGGAGAUGCAAUCCUAUUAUGCCAAGCUCUUGGGGGAGUUGAAUGAACAGCGCAAGAGGGACUUUUUCUGUGACUGCAGCAUCAUUGUGGAGGGGCGGAUCUUCAAGGCCCACAGGAACAUUUUAUUUGCCAACAGCGGCUACUUCCGAGCCCUGCUCAUUCACUAUAUCCAAGACAGUGGGCGGCACAGCACUGCCUCCUUGGAUAUUGUCACCUCUGAUGCCUUCUCCACCAUCUUAGACUUUCUUUAUUCUGGAAAGUUGGAUUUGUGUGGUGAGAAUGUAAUUGAAGUUAUGUCAGCUGCCAGCUACCUGCAGAUGAACGAUGUGGUGAACUUCUGCAAGACAUACAUCAGGUCAUCCCUUGAUAUUUGCCGCAAGAUGGAGAAGGAGGCGGCAGUAGCUGCAGCGGUGGCGGCAGCAGCGGCGGCAGCAGCAGCGGCUCAUCAGAUGGACAGUGGAAGCCCUAGUUCAGGCGGGGAAGUAACCUCCUGUGGUACUAAGAGUUUGGUCUCCUCUCCGGCCCAGGAAGAAGAGAGUGUGGACUGUCCAAGAGCAUCCCCUUGCGGUGACUGUGGAGGCUGCCACCCUUUGGAGCUGGUGGUGAAAGACAACCAGGGUGGUGGUAGCUCAGCUGUCAGUGACCUUCCUACUCCACCCAAACGGAUAGAGCCCAAGGUGGAGUUUGAUGCCGAUGAGGCGGAGGUGGAGGUUGGUGAGCAGCUGCAGCAGUACGCUGCCCCACUGAGCCUGGCUCAAAUGGAGGAGGGCUUGCCCAGCGGCCAGGCCGUUGACUUAGCUUAUAGUAACUACCACGUGAAGCAGUUCCUGGAGGCACUCUUGUGCAACAGUGCUGUCCAGAGCAAAUAUGAUGUGAACCAUCACUUUUCUCCAACUUUGGAGGCAAGACCAGAUGGUGCAGGAGUAGCCAUGAGUUCCAUGAUGGAUGUCCAGACUGACUGGUAUGGAGAGGACUCAGGCGAUGUAUUGGUGGUCCCCAUCAAGCUCCACAAGUGUCCUUUCUGUCCUUACACUGCCAAACAGAAGGGCAUCCUUAAGCGGCACAUCCGCUCACACACGGGCGAGCGGCCAUACCCCUGUGAGACCUGUGGCAAGAGGUUCACUCGUCAGGAGCACCUGCGGAGUCAUGCCCUGAGUGUCCACAGAUCCAACCGUCCAAUCAUCUGCAAGGGCUGCAGAAGAACCUUCACGAGUCAGCUGUCGCAGGGGCUGCGGCGCUUUGGGCUAUGUGACAGCUGCACCUGUGUUACAGGCACACACGACGAUGAUGACGACUUGAUGCCCAUCAACCUCAGCCUGGUGGAGGCUUCCUCAGAAAGCCAAGAGAAGAGCGAUACAGACAAUGACUGGCCCAUCUACGUGGAGUCUGGUGAGGAAAACGACCCUGCCAGAGAUGAUUCCGAUGACAAAUCACAAAUUCGACCCAGCUUCUCGGAUCGAGAGACACUUACGUAGCAAUCAAUUGGCAGGAAAGAAGUUUCAGAAUUUGUUACUGCCCAUUCCGUGGUUGAAAGUCACCCAUUUGUGCAAUUUUGUGGAACCCUGAGAGGAGCGCUUUUUUGCUGUUAUUAUAAUGUUUGGAUCUUUGUUAGACUACAUAGUGGUAGUUGGAUUUUGUAACUCGAAGGACUAAUAACUUUUUCGUAUGGUGCCCUGGGCUUCUGAGGACUUCUCCGGCGUUUCCUUAAUUCUGAGUGAAUUAAGGCUGGCGCUGAGGCUUCCUGGUUUUCUUGCUGUGCACCCAAAUUCUAGUUAAAAGAGAGAUGAGAGAAUCUCCACCCUCUUUUCUCUGAAAAGGUGGGCAAGAGUAUAUUACGUUUUGGGGUCCAUCUUAUAUUUGCCAAACCUCUCCUAAUGAAUUCUGUGUUUUAAUUUUCUGAUGAAGUGUUAGACAAAAAGCUUCGUUGAUACCAGGCACGCAGGGCUGGCUGGCUACAGGUUGGUAAAAGGUACUCCCUCACGCUACAACUACGCUUUUAAAGGCUGGGGUACUUACGUACAGAUAAGCGUGGAAUCCAACUGAAAGGUUCUUUAGAGCACCCUGAUUUGCAGAGUUGAAUUAAAUUUUGAGUAGCCUUGGGAAAGGAGCCUGUGAGCCCAGGUCUGGAUGGCCUCCCUGUCCGGUUUGGUAUUUGACUUCUGUACACACGAAUAACCUGUUCUGUGAUCAUAAAACAAGUCAUCUGGCCAAAACCCAAAAUGCACCACUCUACUUUUUUUCCAGCCAUUUCCAAGAGCCAAUACUGUGUAAUCUGAAAUGUAACUGCCAUUUCUUUUACUUGGUUUAUAAAGAGAACCUUGUGGAGCGUAAG